AUGUCUGCCUUGCAAGGGACAGUGAAUGCACCGGUGACUACAACCACUGUGCAAUCUCUAAAUACAACGAUCCCGGCUGCCGCUACCUCUGUACUAUCCUCGUCCGCGCGCGAACUGCUCGCCGCCCCGUUCCGUCGUUUCUCCGCACUCUCGUCUCAUGUCAACCGGCUAGUGGGGUUAUCGAGUAUGACAACAUAUUUGGGGGCCUCAGAAGUGGCAGGACCAGCAGGAGGUGCAGUGAUAGAAGCGACACAGACAGCAGCGGAUGCUGCCAGAGAAGGCAUCGUUGAAGCCGCCGCGCAGGCCGACUCGAGUUACCAUCUCACCGACAUAUUCCAGGCUGUUAUAAAGUUCAGUGGUUUCUUUUCCUACUUGACUAGUCGAUGGUCUUUGGCUUGCUUCACCGUGGCCCUUAUUCUAAACAGGAUCACCAUAUAUGCGUCUACCCGGCGACACCUCCAUCUUGAUUGGAGCCGACGACUAGCUUUACGAAUUAUACCGAUCCUUCUCUUUAUAUCUCAGAUCCACUCGCUACUCCGCGCGAUCCGUUGCCAGACGUCGACCGAGUACUCACUCAUUCGGUACGGCACUCCCGGGAAACGUUUGUUGUUUGAUCAUGCUGGGGGUGGAGGGUUUCUGUAUUCGCUCGGCUCCGCGCUUUUGCCAUGGGAGACAGAUGAGCAGUCUUGCAGUGCAAUGAACAUGGACCGGCCCGCUAGUUCCUCAGAUAUCUCCUAUGGAUCGUUUGUGCUUCUCUGGCCGGUGUUCCUCCGGCUGUGCCUAAGUCACUUUGUAGAAACACUUUCGUGCGCGCUACAGGGAAGGGCAGUGGUUACAGAGGCUGGGAUGUCUAUUUUCGAGCACUCUCUUGCAUUUGCCGAGGCGGAGUCUACAAUCAGCCAAACUCUUGGGCUAGGACUGUUUGGUCUACCCAAGCAAAGUACUAGCAAAGAUAACUUGGAGGAAGGUGCCCAAUCCACCCUUCAUCUACUGAGUAGGACUCAAGUUCUCGAGCGGAUGAAUGUGACUCCAGAGUUACUUCUGAUCGCUUUGAUAUCAUGUUGCAAUAGUCUCACCUCGAACGUCCUAGAUGUGUUUGGGAAACAGAGCCGGUACCGAUUAUUCAAUACGGCGUUCUGGGGCCUUUGCUUCAUGUCUACCAUGGCGUGGGGCUUGCUGAAAGGCUCGUCUGUGGGAAGUGAGAACGUGGUCCUCAAAUUUCCCACAGUUUGUAUCGUGGGAUUCGUACCACAUCUGCUAAUCCUAUCGGGCAUUAUCACAUGUGCUGUGAUCUAUAUGCUUGCUCUCCUCGUCACAGCUUUCUCCCUUCCUGUCGAUACUCCUCAGCCAUUGUCGCUUCGAGAGAGAUUCACGUUGGCACAUGAGAAUAUGCAGGGCGCUACCCAGCUCCACAAUAUUCGAUUCAAUAGACACGAAGACUUCUAUACCACUCUGUUGAGAAUUGGAUACACCGCCCUGACUGCAGCCAGUGAGGCGGUGUUUCUGAACGAAGGCAAAGGAGUUGUUGCUCGAAGUAUGACAUGGCUAGAAGAAGAUAGGUUGGCAGAGAUCGAAUCGUCACGAGAAAAGCGAUCUUUCCGGGACCCUGUCAGUCAUACGAGCGAUGUUCCUUUCGGCGGUGGUGAAUCUGUGGAUUUUGAUAUACCAGAAGCGCCUUCCGAUUGGGAAAGCGGAUAUGGCCGGGAGAAGAAGAUCGAGAGGCCCAAGAAUGGAUCCAGAUCCCUGCGAACUCAGACAGACCCAGGUGGUGUUGGAGCUUUCCGGGGCAUGGUCCGGUGCUACCAUGGCUUUGCUUUCUUUCGUGGAAUUUCCUAUCUCCUCCUUAGAUGGACUGCUUUUGGCUUGGACAAGCUGUUGAGCAAGGUGGGAAUUAGUGCCCGGCCGCAAUGGCUAAAAUCAAUAGUAAGACCACGUAAGAGUCGACCUCAGGGGCUGAAGACCAAAGAAGCGGCGUCCCUCGAUUUCUGGAUCUUGACAGAUUCUGGCGAGUUGGUGCUACCAGCGGACUACGAGUUCGAUGUAGAAACAGAAAUGAGGAAGCGGGAACGAUCAGGUGCAACGCUUUGGGAACAGUCGGAUGAGCAGCGACUUGAUGACAAGCUUUACGGCUGGUGGAAGGCUGGAGGCUCAUGGGGUGACCGGGACUUGAGCUCAGACUACUCACCUCCCGAAAACGACAAUGAUGACACGACCAGUGUCGUCUCAAUGUCCACGACCACAGACUCUGAAUGGGAGGACGAAUCGGACGGCCGCCGUACGCCCACCCGCGACAAUCCUUUCCCUUCGGGUUUCUCCCGCGAAAGCACUACCGUACAAGAAUCAAUGAUGGAUAUUGGUUCCUUCGCGCGCUUGCUCGAUCCGCGUGAUCAGGAAAGCAGGCAGGAAGCACGCAUCCUAGCUGCUCAUCUCGCUGCCGGUCAAGAAGGUCGUAUACUGACUCGACGUCGCUUUCAACAACAGAUAGAGCAUGAAAGGGCACAGGUAUUAUUGUCAUCUCGAUUGUCGCGGGAAAUAAGACCCGAGAAACGAAAACCUACUAUGGAAGAGGAGAGUGAGAUACUUGAGAAACUUAUCCUCUCCCGACGCUCAAGCGCUUCCGUCCGUGCUGACGAGCAGUCGUGGGAAUCUGGCGCCUCGGGAUUGGGGCCAAGCGGGCCACCGUGUGUUAUCUGCCAGACAAACCCACGUUCAGUCAUUACAUGGCCAUGCCGAUGCCUCUGCGUUUGCGAAGAGUGUAGGGUGAGCCUCGCGAUGAACAAUUUUGGUAGUUGUGUGACUUGCCGCCAGGACGUUGGAGGAUUUGUGCGGCUAUGGGUGCCAUAG